UUGGGCACGAGAUGAACCUACCCUUGACCACAGGGGCUUCCCUGGAACCAAUGGAAGGGGGAAAAAAACUGGUCUUCUCUGUUUUCACUAGCUGUAUAUGAAUGUAUAUGCAUAUAUUUGGUGCGAGAAAGAUAGUCUUAAAAUUAAAACCCACAAAUUCACCCCAGCCUCUGGAAAAAGGUGAUCUCCAAAGGUACAUUACGUUGCAACUCCAUUUGUUUUAAUUUCCGUCUACUUUGGUUUCCUCUUGCGUUUUGGUUCUUUGUUUAGGGCAUGGUGGUGAUGGUGGCAUAUGCAAUGUAACAUUUUCCAGUCGUGACCUAGCUCAACUCUUCUGACCCUCUGCCCCUGUUAUUGAAAUUAUUUCUAUACGCAUAAAUGGACAAACGGAAAUAUUCAGGGGAAACCCUGAUUCAAUCCUUUACCUUUAAUUAGGGUCUAAUUUGGGUAUUUCUGGUUGGUGAUUGCGUUUUUGGUACAUGGGGUCUGUGAUUAUGGGAAUUAUCAUUUACCUUUAAUUAGAGCCUAAUUUGGGCAAUUCUGAUUGCAGAUUGCUUUUAUGGUACAUGGGUUCUGCGAUUAUGGGAAUUUUUAUUUUUAUUUUAGUUGUUGGGUUUUGACCCACCUUUUUCUUUCUUCUUCCUUUGGAUAUGUGGUUUGAUCCGUGCCUUGCGCGCGUUUUUGAUAUUGCCGAUCCUUGCAGGGUUUUCCUUGUAAACGAGAGUAAUGUUAGGGUUUAUGACAAUUUUCACUUUCUUCAUUCUGCUAUUUGGUAGUGUGGUUAAGGGUUUGGGAACGAGAGUAAGAGCUACUGGUCAGUUUUGCAUGUGGUACGAGGUCUUUAGGAAAAUUUUGGAUUAUAAUCUGUAUGUACUCUUUGUCUGGGGUCAGGUUGCUUCAGGACUUGUUUCUUGAAUUGGCAUCUGCCUUGAAUUCACCCCAAAGGUCAGCCUCCAACAUUAACCAGUGUUGAACCCAUGAUCUCCCCAAUCAGAUGGAGAUGUAAUUCCACUAUGCCACUAUUCCACAUUAAUCUUGAUUUUUUGUCAAACCAGACAAUUUUGACUGCUGAUGCACUCUCAUUGAAAUAAAUGACAGUAAGAAUUAUUCGGUGCCAUGAAUAAUUACGAAUCACAUUAUUAAAUAAAGGUUUCAGAAAAGAGCAGCUCCAUUAUGAAUUUUGGCAAGAAUUUUGGAGAGAGAGUAAAAAAGAAAAAUUAGUGGGACAAAGCUCUGCGUAUUGGGCAAAAGAAACUAAAUUGGAGAAGUGAGUUGGUUUAAUUAGUGGAAACAAAGACACUAUAUGGCAUUACAUAUUUUUGGUUGGAAUAAUGGAAGUACUUCCUUGUUCUGGCAUUAAGUAUGUUGGAGAUUCUGAUUGCCCUCAACAGGGUCCAGCAGCUGCUUUUAUAUAUGAUGGAGAGCCUAAUUGCCUUGAACCUCAGAAACCAGCUCUAGUGGCAGAUGGUGAAUUUGAUGGCAUAUUACUAAAUGCAGAAAGACCUGUAGAAGAAAUGAUAGGUGAAGACCAAGCAAUGUUUAAUGAAGUGCCUACUUCAGAAGGCCACUGUAGUGGAGCUUCUUACUUUGAAUGUGAGGUUGAGGGCCAAAAUUUGUCUUGUGAUUCCCAUGACUUUGAAGAUGAGAACUUAGAUGUCCAGAAUCACUGUAUGGGAGCUUGUGUAGCUUCUGAGAACUCUCAUCUAAUUUUGGAAACUAUUGAAGGUGAGCUGCCAAGCAACAAUGGGGAUGGGGAGUCAUUUCUUUCGGAAACCAGGUGGCCAGAAGAAGAUGAAUCUGUUGCUGUAUGGGUCAAGUGGAGAGGGAAGUGGCAGGCAGGUAUCAGAUGUGCGAGGGCUGAUUGGCCCUUAUCGACUGUGAAAGCGAAGCCAACUCAUGACAGGAAGAAAUAUUUUGUUAUAUUUUUUCCGAGAACAAGGAAUUAUUCUUGGGCAGAUGUGCUGCUUGUACGCCCCAUUAGUGAGUUCCCACAGCCUAUUGCAUAUAGAUCACAUAAUGUUGGAUUAAAAAUGGUUAAGGAUCUGACUAUUGCACGCCGAUUCAUUAUGCAAAAGCUGGGUAUCAGCAUGCUGAAUAUCAUUGACCAAUUACACACUGAGGCUCUGUUAGAGACUGCUCGCAGUGUGACAGUCUGGAAGGAAUUCGCUGUGGAGGCUUCUCGCUGUAAAACAUAUUUUGACCUUGGAAGGAUGCUUCUGAAGCUUCAGAAUAUGAUAUUGCAGCGCUACUUAAAUUCUGAGUGGCUUGAACAUUCGCUUCACUCUUGGGCUCACCAUUGUCAGAAUGCACAUCGUGCAGAGUCUGUUGAAAUGUUGAAGGAGGAAUUGAAUGAUUCUAUUCUAUGGAAUGAAGUUCAUUCACUCCCAGAUGCACCAGUGCAACUGGAAUUGAGCUCCGAGUGGAAGACAUGGAAAAAUGAAGUCAUGAAGUGGUUUUCAAUGUCUAAUCCCCUUUCCAGUGGUGGAGACACCAGGCAGCAAAGCAGGGAUAGUCCAGUGACUGCAGCUCUUCAAAUUAGCAGGAAGAGGCCCAAGCUUGAAGUUCGUCGUGCAGAAGCACAUGCUACAAACAUGGAAAAGGGUUCACAUCCAGCUAUAACUGUUGGCAUUGACUCUGGAAUAUUUGAUGGCCAUGACACUGUAAAUCAUGCUACAUUAGCGUCUGAUCAUUGUAAAGGGGAAAUUCUUGGAGAGGGAGUUGCACCAACUGAAAACCCUGGUAGUGCAUCUAAUAGAUGGGAUAACAUUGUAGUUGAAGCUGGAAAUCCUGAGUUCAUGCAGAGCAAAGAUGUGGAAUCAACACCUACAAAUGGAUUAGUUGCUAGAAAACACUUAAAUCUUGGGAGUAAGAAUCGCCAGUGCAUUGCUUUUAUUGAAGCUAAGGGAAGGCAGUGUGUGAGGUGGGCAAAUGAAGGUGAUGUUUAUUGUUGUGUGCAUCUGGCCUCUCGUUUUGCGGGAAACCAUGCAAAAGCCGAAGGGAAUCUGCCUGUUGAUUCACCAUUAUGUGAAGGUACCACCACUCUUGGUACUCGAUGUAAACAUCGUUCUUUAUGUGGCUCUUUGUUUUGUAAGAAACACAGGCCCCAUGAUGAUAUGAAAAAGACCUUGCCUCCACCUGAGAAUAAACUAAAGAGAAAGCACGAGGAGAUUAUUUCUAGGUCUAAAUCCUCAUCCUGCAAGGAUAUAGUAUUGUUGGGACAGCUUGAUCCUCCAAUACGGGUGGAUCCUGUCUCAGUUAUGGAGGGAGAUGCUUUCAAUGGAAGAAGCUGCUUAACUGAGAAUCAUGAAUAUUCCAGUAAAGAGUAUAACAACUCAGAGAUGCCAUGCUGCAUAGGUUCGUGUCCCAAUGAUGGCACUGAUCCUUGCUGGGAAAGUCCAAAAAGGCAUUCAUUAUACUGUGAGAAACACCUUCCAAGCUGGCUUAAACGUGCAAGGAAUGGUAAGAGCAGGAUAAUUUCAAAAGAGGUGUUUAUAGAUCUUUUGAAGGAUUGCUGCUCACAGGAACAAAAGAUGCAAUUACAUCGAGCAUGUGAGCUGUUUUACAGGCUCUUUAAAAGUAUCCUAUCAUUGAGAAACCCAGUCCCCAAGGAAAUUCAGCUUCAAUGGGCUGUAUCAGAAGCUUCUAAAUAUCCUAGUGUCGGGGAAUUUUUAAUGAAGUUGGUUUGCAGUGAAAAAGAGAGACUUGUGAGGCUUUGGGGCUUCAAUGCUACCCAGGAUACACAAAUCUCCUCCUCUGUUGCAGAAGAUCCUGUUCCAAUGCCAUUAGCCAUUGAGAGUGGCCAUGACAUUGAUGACACAAUUAGAUGCAAAAUUUGCUCUGAGGAAUUUAUUGAUGAUCAAGCACUUGGCACCCACUGGAUGGACAAUCAUAAAAAGGAAGCACAAUGGUUUUUUAGAGGUUAUGCUUGUGCCAUCUGCCUGGAUUCUUUUACAAACAAAAAGGUCCUGGAAACACAUGUGCAGGAGAGACACCAUGUUCAAUUUGUUGAAAAUUGCAUGCUUGUCCUGUGUAUUCCUUGUGGCAGCCAUUUUGGGAACACGGAUCAGUUAUGGUUGCAUGUGUUAUCAGCUCAUCCUGCCAAUUUCAGGCCAUCAAAAAUUGCUGAGCACCAGACACUAUCUGUAGAUGAAGAUUCCCCACAGAAACUUGAGCUGGAUAACUCAGCAUCCGUGGAAAACAACACACAAUCUCAAGGUAAUUUCCGAAAGUUCGUUUGCAGGUUCUGUGGGUUAAAGUUUGAUCUUCUACCUGAUCUUGGGCGCCACCAUCAAGCUGCGCAUAUGGGGCCACAGCUAGUUGGCUCUCGUCCUCCAAAGAAGGGGAUUCAUUUUUAUGCCCAUAGAUUAAAAUCGGGAAGACUUACCCGGCCUAGAUUUAAAAAAGGUCUAGGAGCAGCAUCAUAUAGAAUCAGGAACAGGAGCAAUGCAACUUUGAAGAAGCGCAUCCAGGCAUCACAUUCAGCUGGUACUGAAGUAAUGAGAGUACAGUCUAAUGUAACUGAGGCAGUUGGUCUUGGAAGGCUAUCAGAAUCCCAAUGCUCAUCCGUUGCAAAGAUACUUUUUUCUGAGAUUCAGAAAACAAAAGCCCGGCCUAAUAACCUUGAGAUUUUAUCUAUUGCACGCUCAGCUUGUUGCAGAGUAAACCUUCAAGCUUCACUGGAGGGGAAAUAUGGAGUCCUGCCAGAACGCCUGUAUUUGAAGGCUGCCAAACUCUGCAGUGAACAUAAUAUUCAUGUUAACUGGCACCAAGAGGGGUUUAUUUGUCCCAGAGGAUGUAAACCAGUUACAAAUUCACAUUUACGGUCUACCUUGGCACCUCCCUCGCAUGAACUUUUGCAGCCCAGAUCAACAAGUCCAACAUAUUAUAUGAACGAGGAUUGGGAAAUGGAUGAGUGCCACUAUGUUAUUGAUUCACGUCAUUUUGCGCAGAACUGUGGGCAAAAAACUGUCAUCUUGUGUGGUGAUAUAAGCUUUGGAAAGGAAUCAGUUCCAAUUGCAUGUGUAGUGGAUAAGGAUUUUCUGGAUUCCCUUGGCAUCCUUUUAGAUGGUACUGAUGGCCAGAUUACCAAAUCCUCCAUGCCCUGGGAGAGUUUCACAUAUAUUAUGAAGCCUUUGCUUGAUCAAUCCCUUGAUCUUGAUGCAGAGAGUUUGCAGUUGGGGUGUGCUUGUGGGCAUUCAGCGUGCUAUCCUGAAACAUGUGACCAUGUUUAUCUUUUUGAUAAUGACUAUGAAGAUGCAAGAGAUAUAUAUGGGAAACCCAUGCAUGGCAGAUUCCCAUAUGAUGAGAAUGGUCGGCUUAUCUUGGAGGAGGGUUAUCUUGUCUACGAGUGCAGUCACAUGUGCAGCUGCAGUAGAACCUGCCAGAAUAGGGUUUUGCAGAAUGGUGUACGAGUAAAAUUAGAAGUCUUCAAAACAGGAAAAAAGGGCUGGGCUUUAAGGGCAGGUGAAGCAAUUCUUCGUGGCACAUUUGUCUGCGAAUACAUUGGGGAGGUUUUAAGUGAACAUGAAGCGAAUGAGAGGCACAAUAGGUAUGACAAGGCAAGUUGCAGCUAUUUCUAUGACAUUGAUGCCCAUAUCAGUGAUAUGAGCAGCUUUAUUGAAGGGCAGGUUCCAUAUGUAAUUGAUGCAACUAGAUACGGGAAUGUUUCACGGUUCAUCAAUCACAGUUGUUCCCCGAACCUUGUGAAUCAUCAAGUUCUUGUGGAAAGCAUGGAAUAUCAGCUUGCACAUGUUGGCCUCUAUGCAAGUCGAGAUAUAGCUGUGGGCGAAGAACUGACAUAUGGUUAUCGAUUCAAGCUAUUGCCUGGGCAAGGAUGCCAAUGCCAUUGUGGAGCAUCAAACUGUCGAGGCCGCCUUGAAUAAGUUAUCUGUGAACACUAUGCUCCUGAUAUCUUUCUGGCAUGCAGGUGGCAUGCUAAAUUGUAGUUAUAGAGCACCGGAGAACUAGUCGGAGGGGAGAGCCUUCAGUGGUUUUAUACACGCAGUUCAGUCAGCCAGUAGCUCCUUGCACGAGGCUAGCAAAAUACCAGUCCCGUGCCCAGCAAUAGCAGGGGGCUCUGAAACUCCACGUUCUGUCAUUUGCCUGUACCUUGUACCUUCAUUUUUCAACCAAAAAAAAGG